AUGGCCUCCUCCGGCGCCUGCGACGACAUCCACCAGUGCCGCACACCUUACGACAUCGUCUGGGGAUGUCUAGUCACAAUCUUUGCCUGCGUCUGGGUCUCCGUGCACCCAAACCUACCUCCCCUCUCCCCAUUAACGCCGCGGCAGUCCACGUUGUCCGUCUUCGUCCCAAGCACAGCCGCUUUCCGUGCGCGGCUGAAGCUUAUGCUCGUCGGCGUUCUGGCACCGGAGCUCAUUGCUGGGUUUGCAGGACGACAGCGUUCGAUGGCGCAAUACUUUUCUCGCACAUACAAUGUUUCAAUGACGCACGGCUUCUUCAUCUGCAUGGGCGGGUUUGUCGACAGCGAUGGGCACCCGCUGGUCACCCAGGCGCAGCUGAAUCAGAAGGGCACUAUCGCCGCUAUACGGGCAGUCGACGCGAAGGACAUCGAGGAUAAGAGCAAAGGCGAUGGAUUCACCAAGGGUGUCGCGUUCAGCCAGGGCCUGUGGUUCGUCGUGCAGACACUUGCGCGCGUGAUCCAGCGACUGCCGGUAACGCAGCUGGAGGUCGCAACAGCAGCAUUCGCGGCAGUCAGCUUGUGCACAUGGGCAUUGUGGUGGCAUAAACCGCUGGACGUGCGCGAGCCCAUUGUUAUCGGAGUCGCUGCAGAAACAUCAAGGCUAAUGAGUUCGGACAAUGCUGAUGGGGAGAGCGGGCGGAUAUGGACUGUGCGGGUAAAGAGGACUUUACGCGCCCCUUUGUCCACGCGCUACCUCCGGCUCAUUGGCUUCUCUGUGUCCUCCAAAUAUUUCGACCCCACAUCCGCGUUCUCCGUCCCCACAUUCUGGUUUGCCGACGAAUCCGACGACCAAGGCUACAACGCGCUCUUUGCCGAGCUGCUCGUUGCGGCCGUCUUCGGUGCCAUCCAUAUCGCCGCCUGGAACGCGCACUUCCUUUCCGCUGCGGAGACUUGGUUGUGGCGUGCUGCCGCGCUUGCGCUGACGGGCGUGCCGGUUCUCGCACUGGCGGUCUGCGUGCUUGAUAUGCUCGUCGACUUUCUGCCGGACUACAAGCUGCUCUUCGUCUGCACAGGAGUACUCUAUGUCCCCGCACGUGCCAUCUUGAUUGUUCUGCCGUUUGUGGCGCUGCGGAAACUCUCUCAGGCAUAUCUGAUGGAUGUGGAUUGGAGCAUCUAUAUUCCCCAUUGGUAG